AUGGCGGCGCGCGAGCAGCGGGGCGGCCUGGCGGCGGCCCUUGUCGCCGCUGCGCUGCUCGCCCUCGGCCGGCUGCCGCUCGCCCUCGGGGACGCGGCGGAGGCGGGCGCGGGGGCGGCUCCGCCGCACCGCCGCUUCGAGUACAAGUACAGCUUCAAGGGACCGCACCUGGUGCAGGCGGAUGGGACGGUGCCGUUCUGGGCGCACACGGGCAAUGCCAUACCAAGCGCAGAUCAGAUUCGUAUAACAACAUCUUUGAAGAGCCAAAGAGGGUCAGUGUGGACGAAAAACAAGUCAGUGUUUGAAUUUUGGGAAGUCGAAGUGACCUUUCGGGUUACAGGAAGAGGCCGCAUCGGAGCUGAUGGAUUGGCAAUCUGGUUCACAGAAGAGCAAGGCUUGGAAGGUCCUGUGUUUGGGGCAGCUGACAAAUGGAAUGGUGUUGGGAUCUUCUUUGAUUCCUUUGACAACGAUGGAAAGAAAAACAAUCCUGGAGUCAUUGUUGUAGGCAACAAUGGACAACUUCUGUAUGACCAUCAGAAUGAUGGUUCCACGCAAGCAUUGGCAUCCUGUCAGAGAGACUUCCGCAACAAACCCUAUCCCAUUCGAGUAAAGAUAACUUACUACCAAAAGACACUGACUGUGUUAAUCAACAAUGGCUUUACUCCAGACAAAGAAGACUAUGAAUUUUGUGCAAAAGUGGAAGAAAUGGUGCUGCCACCACAGGGGUAUUUUGGAAUAUCUGCAGCAACAGGGGGACUUGCAGAUGAUCAUGAUGUCCUGUCUUUCCUGACCUUUCAGUUGACUGAACCUGGGAAGGAAGUACCAUUACCAGGUGCAGAAAUUCCUCAAAAAGAUAAAGAGAAGUAUCAAGAAGAGUUUGAACACUUUCAACAAGAAUUGGAUAAAAAGAAAGAAGAAUUUCAGAAGGAACAUCCUGAUGUGCAGGGACAGCCAGCGGAUGAUCUCUUUGAAACUGUAAAUGAUCGUGAACUGAGGCAAAUCUUUGAGGGGCAGAAUCGAAUUCAUCUCGAAAUCAAACAGCUUAAUAGGCAGCUGGACAUGAUUCUGGACGAGCAGAGGAGAUACGUCUCUGCUGUCACAGACGAGAUUGCUAAAAAGGGAGCUGGUUUUCCAGAUAAACAAGGACAGGUUUUCCAGCAAGAGAUUGAGACAGUUGUGAAAACUCAAGAAGUGAUUGUUAGACAAAUAAAUGAAAUAAGAAAUUCCAUGGCUGAUACUGUGAGGUUGAUCAGUGGAGCUCAACAUCCUGGCUCUGCUGCAGGAGCCUAUGAGACAACUCAGCACUUCAAUGACAUCAAAGAACACCUUCAUGUAGUAAAGAGAGACAUCGAGCAUUUAGUACAACGAAAUAUGCCAUCUAGUGAGAAGUCGAAGUGUCCAGACGUGCCACCGUUCCCGUCGUGCUUAUCUACUGUACACUUCUUCGUCUUUGCAGCAGUGCAAACAGUGUUACUCAUUGGUUAUAUCAUGUAUAGGAGUCAACAAGAAGCAGCAGCCAAAAAGUUCUUUUGAUGACCUGUCCCUUUUGUGUGUACAUAACAGCAGUAUGUAUGCACAGAAAAUUAUACAGUUCUGUAAAUGAGGGGAAUUUUAGUGUGUGUUACACUUCAAUGUUGUAAAUUAUUGAAUCUUGCUAAACAAAUUAUCAUUUAAACUGUUAAUGAUGAAAACAGACUGGGGAAGAGUGAAGCAAAUGCGAGAUAGGAGGAGACUGCAGACCCUGUCCAGGUCUGUGCUUUCAGCCAAUUUUCUCACAAAUACUAGAAGACAAAUGCCAUGUUCCUCUUCUGGUUUAUUAAGAUGCGAGAGGAGGGAAUUGAGACACACAGGUCUGGUGGUUGUUCAUAACGAAAACUGGAGAUGGGUGAUUUGUGCAGAAAGCUUGCCACCAAGUGUCCUGGCGUAUCAAUUUAAGAAAACAAAAGCAAACAACAACAACAAAACCCUCCAAAAAACCACAGCCCCAGACAGUGUUAUCCUCUGUUUCUGGAGGGGUGCAAAAAUUUGUAACCAACAUUUCAUUUCUUUACCAUUUGGAUUUAAUGGUUUAAGAAUUAUUUAGUUAAUUCUAAUCCUUCCUGAAAUACCAACACUUGUAAAUACGUGAUCACAAACACAGGAGUUCUUAAGAGUCUGACUCUUAAAACCUGAUCUAGAAAACAACUACACAGAGGUGCAGAUAAAGGCUUAUUGCCUUGUUUUGGGCUGUGAUGUUAGACAGUGAGAGAAAACAUGAUCAGGUGGUUUCUUCAAGUAUAUUGUGGGACCGAUUGGUAUUUUUUCCUCUUUCAAGCCAGUCUGUAAUUUUGUUUGGGGAUCUGUGGCACUUUCUCAGCAAAGAUGUCAUUGGUUUUAUUAAGAAUAUGUUUAGUGUAUGAAUAGGUCUUUACCUUUAUAAUGCUGUCUUGUGUCUUUCAUGAAUCAAGUUACAGAUGCCUUGAUUUAAGUCUUUGAGUGGCAAGUAUUCUAAACUGCAGGUGUUGAGUGUUAACCCAUUUCUUCACCAACUAUUACUUCAGACUUGAUUGUUAAUCCAAGCAGCUAUUGUAGAACCAAUGUUUUGUGUCAAUUCCUGCUUUCAUAUCACAAGCAUAAGACUGAACAUGUGUUUUUGAUACUGCUUACCAGGUGAACAUUUGCUUUGGGAAAGAAGCAAAGAAGGUAGUCCAAAUUAGGAAUGUGAAAGGAACUAAUUCUGCCUCGUUUAUGUGUCUGUGGUACCUUUGUCCUUGAGUUGUUUGUGUGUAGAGUUAGAAUAGGGGGAUUUGGUUUAUAAAAAUACAAAACAUACACAGCAUAUUUCACCUUUAAUUAUCAGUGUGUUUGUCUGAAUCAGCAAAAAUUUCCUGGGAUCUAGCAUUCUACUACUGCAUCCCUACAGUCUGCUCCCUGGGAGUGUGACAUGCUGCCAAACUCGCUGUGAAGAAGAACACUUCAGUACUGUGCCUGUCAGUUUGGAGAAAUCACAAAUCUAUGCAAUUUGCUUUGUUCCUUCAAAUACAUUGUCCAAAAGGAAGGGGUGUGUGCUAUUCCAGUGAAUGGUGCUUCCUACGCACCUAUUUCAGCAGCUGCAGUGGGUGGUGUACUGGGAGUGGUGCAGCUUUAUGGAUUCGCUUCUAAAUGUCAGAAGAUUUUGCUGUACUAAUUGGAGAAACUACUGCCUCAAACUAACCAUGCUGAUAAAUAUGGUAAAUCAAUGAAAAAAACCUUUUCAGAUAAGCUAGAAUAGCACAUAGAGGUUUAUCCAUUCAGUUCUUUCAACACCAGCAAAUACUUACAGGUGCCUUGAGUCUAAGCUGUUACAACCCUGACUCCUCCAGCUAAAUGUCAAAUAGCUUCUUAGGUGGUUCUGGAAAUGUACAGUCUUGUUCCUCCCGGUUGUGAGCCUUUUGCAUCCUUGCAUCACCUGGACAGAACUCCCUCUCACAGGAGGCUUUGCAAGACCCUUCACACAGGCAGGCUGCCAGUGGCACUUUGAUAAGCAGGCGAAUAUACCAGUGUAAUGAGGAAGACCUCUGUGUCCAUUGGGCAAAGCCUGUACCUUCUGGUACUGUGAAUGCAUCCAGCUGUAACUUUGUUUUAAAGCUGGAGCAGCCCAUGCUUUUAUUCUUCCAUUAGACAGAACAGAAGGCUGGGCAUGGUGUCUAGGGGAAAACUGGAACCUACAGUUACAUCUGCAGUGUGAGGCUCAGCUCGUGUGUUCGUAUUGCCCGUAGAUCUGACACAUCGCCCAUGUGCAACUAGGAAAGUGUUGUAAUGGGGAGCAGAAGGUCUAAAGCAUAACAUCCAAAGACUGAUAACUUUGCUUCGUGCUUCAUUUCAGUCAUCUCUCCUUGGAACUUCCACUGCUGCCUCCUCAACUCGCUGGAUCAAAGGAAAGCUCCUGACUGCCCAGCUCAAGUGUCAUCUCUGUUCUUGAAGUGACUGCAACAAAUUUGGACUCAAAUGCUUGUCAGUCAGUGCAGCCUCCUGUUACGCUGGCUGCUACAAGCCUCUUUCAACAAGGAUAGCAUGUUUGGUUCUUAAAAAGUAAGAGAAGACGCCUUGGGAUGAAGUUUCACAGUAUGGGGGAGAACAAGUCUAAUAAUUGUGUUUGAAUUGUGGGUGAUAAGUAGCAAAUAUUUAGCAGUGACAAGAGAAUCUUGUUGUACUGAUCAGGGCGUAUGAAGUACAUGGUCACAACUGAGUGUUCAAAAGUAGAAUUCACAAUAUGGUUUGUAAGUUACCUGGCUUCCUGCUUGAAGAGAAUCUGAGGCUUAUCGAUGCACCAGUUGUGUAACACUGAAGACUGUUCACUGUUCUGGGGAUCUUAAAAUUCAAACAGCUGACAUUUUCAUAUGUUGUUUCUGACUAAUGUAAAUUGACACUUCAGAGUUCAGAGAUAACCUUGUUUGAAUAAAGAUGCAUAUUUUAGUAA